GCUACAGGCUUCAGUUUUCCUCCAGAAACCUUCAAGAGAUGAAGAAAUCCCUGCUGGCUGCGCUACUGGUCCUCGUGGUAGUAUCCGCGCAAGAUCGACCCACGAUUAGUUCUCCUUCCGGACAAAUUCAGGGCACCGUAGAAUCGUGUGGACUGUUCUGUUCGUACUAUUCCUUCAAGGGAAUCCCUUACGCGCAACCUCCUGUUGGUAAUCUUCGCUUCCGGAAUCCGGAUCCUCAUCCAGGAUGGAGCGGUGUACGCGAUGGAAGCCAGCACGGUGCGUUCUGUCCUCAAUAUGAGCUGAAUACCUUGGAGAUCAUCGGUGAUGAAGAUUGCCUGUUUCUGAAUGUCUACACCAAGGAAUUGAUAGGGAACCGUCCUGUGAUGGUAUGGAUCCACGGUGGAGCGUACAGUUCCGGGUUUGGAGAUGCUGACUUAUACGAUCCGCAGAAGUUGGUGCGGGAAGAUGUGGUCGUUGUCACUAUCAACUACAGGCUGGGAGCGCUGGGCUUCCUGAGUACUGGCGACCAAUAUGCCCAGGGAAAUUGGGGACUGAAGGAUUGUGUUGAAGCACUACGUUGGGUACAAAAGAACAUUGCCGCGUUUGGAGGUGAUGUAAACAGUGUGACUAUAUUCGGAAGCUCAGCCGGAAGCUCGUUGGUGCACUUCCUUUAUCUAUCGGACAUGGCACAAGGACUCUUUCAUAAGGCAAUCGCCCAGAGCGGAACGGCUUUGGCUCCUUUUGCAUUCCAGCCCAAUCCUAAAUUCUACGCAGAUAGAUUAGCCAACAUCUUCGGUUUCUCGAGCGAUAGUGCAGUCUACGUGGAUCAGUUGAGAACACUACCGGCUAGCAGUUUUGUUCCGUUUCAAGAGGCCUUGUAUACCGUGCCGGUGCCGAGGUUCUUAAGACCGCUGGACUUUGCUCCAUCACUUGAACCUGCAAGCUCACCAGAACCAAGAGCUUUGCGUGAUAUCCCAUUGAACCUGAUACAAUCCAGUCAGCAUAGUGCUCCUCUUAUCUUGGGUUACAACGAUCUAGAGGGGUCUUUUUUCACAACUUUGGAAUUGUUGGUAGAUCAAACCGUCUUUGGUCAGUUCAAUGAUAACCCUCACCUACUGGUACCAUUUUUCUGGAACAUCAACGACAAUACACCCACAUCGAAAGCCGUGAGCAACGCAUUCCAGCAGCAUUACUUCAAUGGUCAACCGAUUGGUCUGGCCUUAUUCUUCGAAUGGAGUAAAUAUUACGGUGAUCAUCAGUAUCUAUUUCCGAUUCACUAUACAGCGAAACUGCACGGGCGUGCAUCGGCACCGGUAUACUAUUAUCAAUUCUCCUACGAUGGAGAUCUGAAUUUAUACAAGAAAUUGCUGGGUAUAACUCAUCCCGGAGCGAUACAUACGGAUGAGCUUCCAUACAUGUUCGAGCUGGCUACGCAGAUGGGAGUCGAGGUGCCUCCGGGAAGCCAUGCGCUCAUUGUAAGUGAUCGGAUUGUUCGGAUGUGGACUAAUUUUGCAAAGUAUAGUGACCCAUCACCCAGCACGGAUCAAUUGCUGCAGAACUUGAUUUGGCCUACGCUUCAGGAGGGUUCCGGUGAGGUAACAAUGCUUGAUAUUGGACAGAAUUUGGUAGUUACGGAUGCGUCGAGUUCGGAAAUUUUUCAACUGUGGCAGAAUCUUCAGAAUCAAUACGCUACCAACCCCUUUCUGUAGAAUGCUUUGCUCAUGCAAACUACUCCAGAAUGUCAACAUUCGUAAAUAUAUUUUUCGAUAAUCAAUUACAAUAAACAUCCAUACAUAUAUUCUUUACAUAUAUC